GAUUUCGGAAGCAUAUGUAUUUGCUCUUUCUUUCUUUCUUUUUGCUGCGUGACUUAGUUGCAGUCUCUGUCUUUUCUCUUUCAGGAACUUACGAUUUUCUCUUUAGUUUUAGUUCAUGUAGUUCUCAAAGUUUGUUCUUAAUGGUGAUCUAGAAGCUCUUUAUGCUUGAAGAAGACUUCAUCUAAUUUGUUUUUAUAGUUUUUUUUGGAGGAUUUAGAAGAUGUCUCAAACUGCUGGCAAUCUCAAUGAGGCUAUGCUGGACAGUGAAGUGGUGCCAUCGUCACUUGUUGAGAUUGCUCCGAUCCUCAGUGUAGCUAAUGAAGUAGAAGCUAGUAACCCACGUGUUGCUUACUUAUGUCGUUUUUAUGCGUUUGAGAAGUCAUGCAAGGUUGAUCCCUCAUCAAAUGGUCGUGGUGUUCGCCAGUUCAAAACUGCGAUUAUUCAGCGCUUGGAACAUGAGAAUGAAAGAACUCUUGCAGGAAGGAAUAAGAGUGACGCCAUCGAAAUGAAACGUUUCUAUCAACACUACUACAAGAAAUACAUCCAGGCUUUGCUCAAUACUGCUGACAAAGAUGACCGUGCUCAACUUACGAAGGCAUAUCAAACUUCUGUUGUUCUCUUUGAAGUUGUGAAGGCUGUUAAUCAGACAGAAGAUGUGGAACUGGCUGACGAGGUUGAAGAAAAAAGCCAAAUCGACAUGCUUUACAACAUUCCUCCCCUUGAUCCUGAUACUCCAAAUCAGGAUAUAAUGAAAUUUCCUGAGGUUAACCAAUUAAACAUCCCACUCGGAAUGGUUACUCUGGACAGUGAAGUGGUGCCAUCGUCACUUGUGGAGGAGAUUGCUCCGAUCCUCCGUGUAGCCAAUGAAGUAGAAGCUAGUAACCCUCGUGUUGCUUACUUAUGUCGUUUUUAUGCGUUUGAGAAAGCACACAGACUUGAUCCAACGUCAAGUGGUCGUGGUGUUCGCCAGUUUAAGAAUGCGCUUCUUCAACGCUUAGAUCAGGACAAUGAAACAAGUCUUGCAGGAAGGCAAAAGGGUAGUGAUGCAUGGGAAAUGCACAGUUUUUAUCAACAUUACAACGAGACAUAUAUUCAGCCUUUGCUAGACGGUGCUGACAAAGCUGACCGUGCUCAACUUAAAAGGGCAUAUCAAACGUAUGCUGUUCUCUUUGAAGUUUUAAAGGCUGCUGAUGUAGAAAUGGAUGAUGAGGCGAAUCUGAUGAUUUUGAAAGCCCACACAAAGGUCAAAGAAAGAAUUCAGAUUCUAUGUGCCUUGGAUGACGAUGCUGACAUUAUUCAGGGAUACCCAUCUCAACAACCAAAUGGAGUUAAAGAAUCCAAAUUAAAAAGAGAAAGUGUUGAUCAAAUAUCUAUUCUUAUCAACACUAUAAAAGAAGGAAAUAAACAACUUCUAGAGCAACUGAAGAAGACACACGAACAAAGACAACAGUUUCUGGAUAUUCAAAGUAAGACCUACGCACUCAAAGAAAUUGGAGAAGAAAACAAAAUAUUAUUGCUGGACUUGAGUUCUAUACAAAAUCCGCAUAUUCUUUCAUUUAUGGAGGGUGAACAAACAAGGAUUUUGCAAAAGCGUAAUCCGUACGAUUUUUUUUCUUCUUCUUGAGAACAAUGAUCAGUACCGAUGUUAAGAAUCUAUCAUUCGCUAUAUUUCGGUUUUGGCAAUAUUUUAAUGAUCUUGGUGCAUCUAAAAAUGAUUUACCAGAUGAUUAAUUUAAUAGUCUUUGUUGUAUUUAUCUUUACUUUUGCUACUCUAUGUAUUCUGAAAUUUAAAGUUACUUGCGAUUUAAUA